AUGACCGCUAAAUCACCCAGUCACGCUAUUUUAUCAUGGAAUCAAUUAUGGCAGUAUACUUAUUUUAUUAUUAAAAGAAAUAAUAUAGAGUUUUACGAUACAUUUAUCGAUCAGUUUAGUGGAGAAUGUAGUAACUUCGCACAAAAAGUCGAUGUUGCUGACUUUUUCUAUCAAUGUUUUAAAUACUUACCAGAAGUUGAAAAGGAAAUUGAAGAGAAUAUCUAUGUGAGUGUGAUUCUUGUUCGUAUGAUUGGUUUAUUACAUUUUGAUGAAAAAAACACAUUAACUGAAAAUGGAAUUCGUUUUAUUGAUAUAUUAUUGCAACGUAUUUCAAAUGAAAUGGAAAUUUUCUUUGGUAAAAUGAAAAAUACUGAUUGGUUACUGGUCACAGAUGGAUUAACAAAUUUAUUAUGGUUGAAGUUUCAAUUCUAUCAUAUUUCACCAGAAAAUGAUACUAUUACUUUUCUUUCACGUGUACCUAAUGCCGACCAAAAACAACAGCAGCAGAUUGCUGAUUUAAUAGCAAAAAAAUCUUUAUCGUCCAAUUUCAUAAUUCAACAACCAAAUUGGUUGGAUCUAUUUACAAUGACAACAGACGAUGCACUAAUAGUUGAAUGUCUUCACUUAGCAACUACGUUUACCGAUUAUAUCAUGUAUGCCGAAAGGUUAUUAAAUACAAAGACAGUACCAGAUAUACAAGAAAAAAUAGCAAAUAAAUUACAACAAUUGAUAGAAGAAAAUCAUUUUGAAAUAACACUUGAAAAUAUUCUACUGUUCUUUCAAUCAUUGCAAACAAAUUGCACAGAUGAUCUAUGCAAUAUAAUAGAAAAAUGUCAAGAAUUACCAUCUGUUAUUGCAAAUUAUUUAAAUAAAGUACGAAUAAAUGAUAUAAACCAAUUGAAUUCUAUUCGACAAAUAUUAACUGAAUAUUAUAAUCCAUUCUUGUUAGGUUCAAUAAUAAAAACGCAAUACAUUAUCACUCUUCUCACAAGACAUUCAUUCACUAAAUCAGGUGAAUUAGGUACAUUUUAUACCAAAUGGUUCAAUUGUUUUCUUUGCGAUCCAUACCACGAUAAUACAAAGGAAGAAACUGAAAUAUUUCAAUAUUUGUUAUCAGAAUGGUUAAGACAAAUUACAUUAAAUCGUGAAAUAUAUUCGGAUCUCAUUAAGUCAAUCGAUAUUUUAAUUGAAAUGUUAGAAAACACUGAGAAUAAAAACAAUGUUCCAUCUUUGUGUGUCAACAUUUUUUUACAAAGUAUUUUAACAUUAUACUUUAAUGGAAAACAAGAUCUAUUUAGACUGAUAAAUGAAAUUGAAAUAAAUAUUCGUAAUAAUAGAUUUAUUGAAGCAUUCAAAAUAAAAUACAAAAUUAAUGUGGCUGAAAAAAAUCAAUUUAUAAUGAAGCAAAUGAAUAAUAUGCAGAAUCCAUUAAUCCAACUUUUACAGAAUGCAAAAAAAUAUCCAACUAGCCGAUUAAUACCCAAUUUGAUGGAAAUAUGCACUGAUAUUAUAACGCUACGAAACAGCGAGAUUUUUUUGGAAUCCAUAUCUUCUCCAGAUCGAGAGUCAUUUCUUUCCCUUAUAUUAUUUGAACCACAUUUCAAAAAUUUUAAAAUACAUCAGGCUGCAUUAAAUGAAUUAUUAGAACGAGUGCAUAAAAAACAAACGUCAAUGGGUUUAUUAUUCAGUGCUGCAAGCAGAGAGAUGGAAGAGAAAUUAAACAUUAAGAAAAAGGUUCAGUUAUGUUUAACUACAUAUUGCAGGGAAGCAGAUGAUUUUGAUCAGCUUCAGAUCUUAAUUGAUCAAACAACAAAACAACUAACAAGUGCUACAAUAAAAUCUGUUCAAAUUCCAAAUGAACUGACGCAAGUAAUUCCCUUUGCUGGCGUUCUGAAUCGGUACAGCACAUCAGAGACAUGGUACAAUUAUCGUAAAAUUCAUGAAGAAAAUUACAAUAAUCAGAGAUCAUCAGAAAUAAUAGCAAGCAGAGAACCGUUAAUCAAUGAAGAGGAUCACAAUCAACGUAUGCAACAAAAGCAGGAAGAGAUCAAGUCAUUACCUUCUGAGCAAUGGAAUACGACAUCAGUGAAGACGAUCAUGAGCAUGUUCAAAAAUAUUCAGUUAAUUGAUCAAGAAAUGGAUAUACUGCGUCCGCUUUUACAAGUGGAUUCAAUCAAAUAUUUAACAGCUAUUCUUAAUUACAGCAAGAAUAGAAAAUAUGUUAAAAAAACAUGUAGAGGAAUUCAAAAUCUAGCAAAAUUUCAUAAUCUGAGUGGUGAUUAUAGUUUGUUUCAUACACUGAUUGAAAUGACAUUGAAAUCGAGUGGAAAAGAUUGUUACGCGAGUUAUCAGCAAUUCACUGAGACGUACACAAGCAAACAGCCAGAAAAUACAUUUAUAGUUUGUUCCCAAUAUUACGAUUCAUACGAUCUUGUUAAUUUCGUUAAAAAACUAAAUCGAACCGAUAUGGACAAUUUACUACAAGCCGUUAAUGAUUGGGAUGAAUCAUUUAUUAAUACACAGACAGUUGUUGAUUUCGUUCAAUUAGGAAGAUUUCUUGACAGUGUCGAUAGCUAUAUUGCCACUAAACAACCACAAGUGAUGCUCAAUGAUGUCUUACAACAUAUUACUACAUUAUUAAAACAAAAAGAAUAUUUAGAUGUGGUCAAUUGUUUUAAAUCAUGUGUAGCAUCGUUAUCGGGCAUACAACGUCUUUAUUUAGAAUUAACUGAUAAAGAGGAAUCAAAACGAACAAAAAUAUUUAAUAUUGUUAAUAAUUCAUCAAUGCAAUUUGUUUCUCCACAACAGCAACCACUGCGAAUGAAAUACGAUAUUUGUUUACAAAUAGGAAGAUUUCUUGACAGUGUCGAUAGCUAUAUUGCCACUAAACAACCACAAGUGAUGCUCAAUGAUGUCUUACAACAUAUUACUACAUUAUUAAAACAAAAAGAAUAUUUAGAUGUGGUCAAUUGUUUUAAAUCAUGUGUAGCAUCGUUAUCGGGCAUACAACGUCUUUAUUUAGAAUUAACUGAUAAAGAGGAAUCAAAACGAACAAAAAUAUUUAAUAUUGUUAAUAAUUCAUCAAUGCAAUUUGUUUCUCCACAACAGCAACCACUGCGAAUGAAAUACGAUAUUUGUUUACAAACACAAACAGGUGAAAAAUUAUAUUAUAAUGAUUUGAAUGAAUUACGUGAUCGAGCAAGAUUAAUUGAAUAUUCUGGUAAUGAAAAAAUGGUUUUACAAUUACAGCAACAACAAUAUACUAAAGAACAAGAAAAAUUUUUUUUAAGAUGUCUUGUAACAUUAGUUGAUACUAUUGAAAAUAUGCUGAACAAUAUGAAUCAUUUGAACGUUAUGGGAUACCCUUUGAUUGAACAGAAUACAAAAAAACAAUAUACAUGUACUAGUUGUGAUUUCAAAGACAUACAAACAUUUCAAACACAAUUGAAAGACAUAUUAAGGUUAUGGGAAGAAAAUAUAAUUCGUUUGUAUCAGUCAAAUCAUGACUUGACGUACCUUUCUGGAAAACAAUUCUGGAUAAUCGAAGAUGCAUUGCUAAAUUAUAAACAGUUAGAACCAAACCACCCAGGCUAUCAUUUAUUGAGAUAUAUUGGAAUUGAAAAGUUAUCGCCAAUGAAGUUUAAUAUCGAUAAGAUUUGA